AUGAUUUUGCGGCAACUUGGAGAAUUUGUUCAUUUUUGGAGUCCUGAGCACGUCGACCCACUUGCUGCAAUGGGUGUAUGGUUUUUCAGUUUUUCCACGAAGUGCUACGAGAAAACCCCGCAACUAGACUUCAUGAAACUCCUUAUUUCCAUAGAUUUUAACAUGCUGAUCACGAAUAUGAAAUCAGUUUUCGAAAUGGUUCAGUAGUUCUUUUGCAUUUUGAUGCAUUCUGUCUCACACCCAUUGCAGCAGUUUGUUCUUUAGUGGGUCGACGUGUGAGAAUCUGCAUAAAUAGAAGUACAACAUCGACAAGAAUCUUGCUGGUUGAUAGUUCAAUUCGCGACAAAAUACUGGAGACAACAAGAUUUGGACAAAAUCAGGUAUUUUUUAUGAUAAUUUAGUUUGGCCACGCCAUAUUCCCGUUGGUUAAUUGAUAUUUUUACAGAAAACUGGCUGCAGGAUUUUGGAAGAUCGAGACACAAAGAAAACAUCAAGAAAGGUCAACGUGAGGAUCAGCAGACAUAUGAGAACAACGACAAAUUCAAGAUUUGCACUAAGAAACAACAAUGCCGACAAAGGAUGGUUUUGGUUUUUAUAUUCCAAAAAGUUCGGAGAUCUGAUUGUGAAGAAGGUUGA